AUGGACAAAGAAGAAGAGAAGUCAGGUCCAUCGACCACCUCUACUUCUGGAGCAGAAUCCGGUUAUGGCACCAAAGAAACUGAUAAUACUGGUGUCAGCUGUGCUAUGAAUCCAUGUAUGGAGAAAAAGGAGGGAAACACUUCCUCCAGAACCGAUCUGUGUGGGAAACAUGACAGCGAGACAAAAGCUCAAAGCUCAGAGCAGCAGAAGCAGAGACCAACUUCUCCUUUAUCCAGCUGUGAGUCCAUGAAGGAUGAUUCUAUGGAACGUCCUAUAUGUUUUAAAGAUGGACAAUCUGCUGGACAAACACGUGGUGACAGUCAUUCCACUAACAUGGAUAAGUAUGAAAUGGUGAAGAAAAUUGGCAAAGGUACAUUUGGAACAGUCAUCGUCAUCAAAUCCAAAGAGGAUGGACAACAAUACGUCAUCAAGGAGAUUUUCAUAUCUGAAAUGUCGACUGAAGAGAGGCAGAAAGCUCAAAAAGAAGUUGAAGUUCUUUCCAACAUGAGUCAUCCCUUCAUUGUCCAGUAUAAGGAAUCUUUUGAAGAGGGGGACUGUCUGUAUAUAGUGAUGGACUACUGUGAAGGUGGAGACCUCUCCAUGAAGAUCAAAUAUCAGGAAGGAAAUCUUUUCACAGAAGAGCAAAUCUUGGACUGGUUUGUGCAGAUUUGUUUGGCACUAAAACACAUCCAUGAUAGCAACAUCCUCCACAGAGACAUUAAACCACAGAACAUAUUUUUGACAAAAGAUGGGACUGUACAGCUUGGAGAUUUUGGAAUUGCAAGAGUGCUGAACAGUACUGGAGAACUGGCAACAACACAGAUAGGAACACCACUUUACAUAUCACCAGAGAUCUGUGAGAACAAACCAUACAACAACAAAAGUGAUAUUUGGGCCCUAGGUUGUGUCCUGCAUGAAAUGUGCAUUCUUCAGCCUGCAGAUUGCAGUAGGGAGGACCUAGAACAGAAACUCAUCCGUGGCUCAUACCCUCCUGUGUCUGAUCACUACUCCCAAGAACUGUGUUCCCUCUUGGCUCAGCUGUUGAAACGUGACCCUGAAGAGAGACCCUCAGUCAGCAGCAUACUGAACAAACCUUUCCUCUGCUGCAGGAUACAGAAGCUCCUCACAUCACAGGGUCAGUCAGAGACUCUGAUGGUAUCUGAGGAGAAAAUACAAAAGAAGCAGCUUGAAGAACAUAAAGGUCCGUUGACCACCUCUACUUCUGGUGCAGAAUCUGGUUAUCGUACCCAAGAAACUGAUAAUACUGGUGUCAGCUGUGCUAUGAAUCCAUGUAUGGAGAAAAAGGAGGGAAACACUUCCUCCAGAACCGAUCUGUGUAGGAAACAUGACAGCGACACAGAAGCUCAAAGCUCAGAGCAGCAGAAGCAGAGACCAACUUCUCCUUUACCCAGCUGUGUGUCCAUGAAGGAUGAUUCUAAGGAACAUGACCUUCACACCUUUCUCUCCAAACUUGGACUGCAGACAUUUUAUCCCAACAAGCUCACUCUUUGGUCUCUUUUGGAAAUCAACAAAAACAGCAUUUAUGAUGAAACUGUUGAAUCAUUGGAGAAAAUACCAUGGUGCUUUCUCAGGAAACUCUUUCAAGUAAACACAGAAUGCAGAAACUGUACACAAGUAUCAAACAAUGAUGAAGAGGAGAAGGAGGAGGAAAACAGUGAUCUGUUUGACUUUGACCUGUUCACUGCAGAUGACUCUGCAGACAAAAAGGUUAACCCUCUGGACCUCAUAGUUGCACUCUUUCAUUGUGCUGACAGCUUCUUGCAACAGGAAAUGGCCCUCAAGAUGUCAAUGUGUCAGUUUUCUGUCCCACUGCUGUUGCCUCACGGCAAUAACAGUCAGUCUACUCUGAUGCUGUGGGCUCUGAGAGACAUCGUCAAAGAGUGGCGUCCACAUGAUUUAUCUGACUCUAGAGGAUUUGUUGAAAACAACAUUGUUCAAGCAAAUAUACCAUUCUUUACCUUUGUCAGGCUGAAAAACUGUAGUCUCUCCAAGUCACAGGUUUUGAAUCAUGUUCUCAGUCGUGGCCGAGAGAAUCACAUGUUCAUACACAGAGAUAUGGAAGGAGGAAGUCUUAAAAGAAGAAUUGCCAAUGGUUUGGUGGAGGUUUGCUGGUAUCUUCCCUGUGGCAGAGAACAGCUUGACAUAUUUCCAGGACCAGUAGCCUUUGCCAAUUUGAGAGGAGACAUUUGUGAGUCACUGGCACAAUUCCAUUUUCUUUUUCAAGAGUCAACUGCUACCUUUGUGUUUCUGGACAAAGUUGAAGAAAAUGAGAACAAGAUUCUGACUUCUCUUCAAGAUGUGAAAUCCAAACUCUUCUUGGUUGUUAAUCACAAGGACAACUCUAAAGAGGACAUGAUAUCUGUCAAGAAAACACUGACAGAGUUACAGCUACCAAAAAGCAAAAUUAAAGACUCAAGCGUAAAUGUUGCAGAGUUUUCAAAGAAUCUUUGUAUGUCCAUCAAAAAAUCACUGACAAAUGAAGCCAACACAAUUGCCAUUGAAAAUGUGGUUGACAAAGCUGUUGAACUUGGCCUGUCUGUGGAUGAAAACAAAAGUCAUGAACAAAAGAAAGCAGCAGAGGAGAUUGUGAAAGGAAUUGGGAGGCAGAAGAUAUCAGACUAUAAGAAACAACAACUUCCUUUGCAAGGAGAAAACUGGAAAAGAUUAUCACAACUGGACAUGGAGGAAUGUAGACUGACAAAAGCUGGUGAUAUGGGACUGGAGGAAUAUAAAUCUCAGCUACAGAAGAAAAAACAACAAAUCAGGAAGGAGCAAAGCAAAUACAAACUGUCCACAGCCAUGAAAAGUUUUACUGAAAACAUAAACAAAUGUGACAAAGACAGAAGAAAUUAUUUUCUUAAGUGGAUGAAAUUUCAGCUGAAUGCACAUUCAAGGUCUGUCAAUCAACUAUCUUCACUGUGUAAUAAACUGAAAGAGCAAUGUGAUAAAAAGGAGAAAGAUGUGAAAAUCAUUGCAGAGUUAGAGCAGGCUUUGCUGGAGACUUCUUUAGGAGUAGAGCAUUACAUGAGAGAGAUGGGACUCAUCUAUGAGUUCUCAAUUAGUGGUUCAAGAAACACUGCUGAUGAAAUAUCUCGUCUCCCUGGUUUGGCUGCUGAAAUGCUGUUGGAUGGAUUUCCUUUAGAGCUCUUGGAUGGAGAUGCUUCCAACAUCCCAGAGAGAUGGGUGACAGAUGUGCUGAUGGAGCUUCACAAGAAGGUUGGAGAACAGAGCAGACUGUUAGUACUGACUGUGCUGGGUGUUCAAAGUACAGGGAAGUCAACACUCCUCAACACCAUGUUUGGUGUGCAGUUUCCUGUCAGCAGCAGCAGAUGCACAAGAGGAGCUUAUAUGCUCUUCCUCAAAGUUGGAGAGGAUAUGAAACAUGAGAUUAACUAUGAUUUUAUAGUUCUCAUUGACACAGAGGGUCUAAAGUCUCCACAUUUGGCACAACUAGAAGAAGACAGUGAUAAGCAUGACAACCAGCUGGCAACCUUUGUGAUUGGUUUAAGUGAUGUCACCAUUAUUAACAUUGCAAUGGAGAACUCAACAGAAAUGAAAGAUGUCCUGCAAAUUGCAGUUCAUGCUUUCUUGAGAAUGAAGGAAAUUGGUAAAAAGCCAAUUUGUCAUUUUGUGCAUCAAAAUGUUGCUGGAGUUUCAGCUCAUGCAAAAAACCUAACGGACAGAAAGUAUCUCUUGGACCAGCUCAAUGAAAUGACACAAAUUGCUGCUGAAAUGGAAAGGAAGCCUUCUAUUAAAGCAUUUACAGAUGUGCUGGACUAUGACAUGGACAAAAACAACUGGCACAUCCCAGGACUCUGGCAUGGAACCCCUCCGAUGGCACCAGUGAACACAGGUUACAGUGCAGCUUUAGCAGAUUUAAAGAAACAUCUUUUGGAGACAGAAGACAGAAACAAUCAAGUCUCACAGAUCCCAGAGUUUCUAGAAUGGAUUAAAAGUCUCUGGAAAGCUGUGAAAUAUGAGAACUUCAUCUUUAGUUUCAGAAACACUCUUGUGGCUCAGGCCUACGACAACCUUUGCAAAGAGUUCAGUCAAUGGGAAUGGGACUUCAGAAAAGAAAUCCUCCACUGGCAAAAAGAUGCAGAGUUGGAAAUCUUAAAUUGUGGUAACAAAUCUGAACUCCAACAUUUAAAUAAAUUGGUUGAAUCCAAAAAAUCUGAGGUGUCAGAAAAAGUCAAAUAUGAAAAAAGAAAAAUGGAGGAGAAACUUACCAACUACUACAAACAGAAAGACCAGAAUGUAAAUCUGAUAGAAAAAUACAAGUUUGAUUUUUUCAACAGCAUCAGCAGUCUUGCAAAGGGAAUCCAAUAUUCCGUGAACAACAAACUGGAUCGCACACUUCACAUGAGAAAAGAGGUUCAAGGCAUUCAGAGGAAAUACAGAGGAGUGAUUGAAGAGCGGGUGAUGAAGCUCCUAAGUGAAUGUAAAACCUCCAAACUGUCUGAUGAACAGCUGAAAGACGAGUUUGAAAAGAUGUGGACUGGUGUCACUAAAAAUGUGUCUGGUCUGAAAGAACAAAAUAUAUCUGAAAACAUCCUCAUGCACUUGAUAAAAAACUUCCUAAACCGUAAUGUCAAUGAGGAAUUACAGAACAUUGGAGACCUAACACAAAUAGGGAAGAAUGAGUUUAAGGCUGGGAAUGAGCAUGUAAAAAAUCCAAACACCUUUAAUCUGUUCCGCAGAAAAGACAUAAAAAGAGAAUUACAGAGAACAGCUAAUGAGGUCAUUGAGUCUUGCAGUUAUUUAGUGCUUAAUCGCGUAAAGACAAACCAAGAUUAUGAAGAAACUCUCACAAAGGAACUUCUGGACAAAAUCGAUGAGUCCCUUAAAAAUAUCGGCAAGCAUGUCAAAAUCAAGUUUGAGUUUGACCUGAAACUUCACAUUUGUGGCAUUGCCUCAAGGGAAUUCCUCAAAAUGCACAGAAAAUUCUUGUCUGAUAAUGAUCCUCGAACUCAGCUGGAGAAGGACAAGAGACAGUAUUUGUCAGAUUUUCUUGAUUUAUACAAAGAGAGAGAUGAUUGUCAACGCAAAGCAAAUGAUUUUGUCAGAUGUUGCAUCAAACCUGCUGUGGAAGAGUUCAUCAAUAGAUCUUUGGGAAUAGACAUUGUGGAUGAAAUAGUGACAGGUUGUCAUUCAGCAGAGUACAGCUCCCGCUCCUUUUUCCAGUAUAACAUUCAGGAAGAGUUGCUGCAAAAUGAUGACUUUAACAGUUUUGUCAGGUACAUUUGUAACUAUGAAAUAUAUGUUAAGGAUUGGAUAUUUCAGCACAUCCAGAAAAAAAUGUCUGAGGACAAAACUUUGUGCAAACUGAAGAACAAGAACCUUCAAGUCAUAGUUGAUAAAAUCACAGCAGCAUUAGAGCAGGCCACAAAAGGACCAGAUGAUGUUCAACUGCCAGACAACAAUGAAAGCAUCACAAAGCUCAUCAGCAACAUGAAGAAAUAUUUGAUCAAAGACAUCUCAAUCUCAGAGGAGGAUGAAAAAACCUCCCUGUUUCAAAUCCAAAGCACAUGUCAUCCAUUUAUCAAGAGCCUCAAAAAGUCAAUUAAAGACUUGAACAAACAGCUUCAGGAGGAAUUCUCAAAGUCUGAAGACAUCACUGAGACUCUGAACAAACUUCCAAUCAAACCAGAGGAUGAGCUUUUCAAGCGAGUGUUUGGUUGUGGAAAGCAAUGUCCCUUUUGUAAAGUUCCCUGUGAGGCUGGAGGAAAAGGACACGAUCAGCAUCAUGCAGCUGUUCAUCGACCAAAAGGUCUUGGUAGAUACAGGUAUGAAAACACUAAGAAGCUGGUUGAAACACUGUGUACAACUGAUGUGCACAGUGAAGCUAAAUUCAGAAACUCAGACACUAAAUGGGAGCCUCAUCCUUACAAAGAGUAUCACACUUACUAUCCAGACUGGAACAUUCCUCCAGAUCGCAGCAUAGAGGCAUCUGACUACUGGAAGUAUGUACUGGUACGAUACAAUGACAGAUUUGCUCAAGAAUACGAUGCUAAGCCAGCUGAUGUUCCAAAUGCCUGGAAGGGAAUCACAAAGGAACAAGCACUGAAGGGGUUAAAAGAUGCCUUCAACAUAAAAUGAACAAUGUAAAAAUGUCUUUAAACAAA